ACUCUUUUCCCCCUCAUUUCCCCUUCAGCCGCCUUAAAAUAACCUCGUUUAUUGGGGGAAUAUCAACACUCCUGUUUCUCUUGCUCAGGAUGGUCAACAAGACGAUUCAAUACACGACCGUUGCCUUCAUCUCAUGUGUCGCAAUAAGCGGCCUCGCAUAUGUGGGAUGGUGGGACUAUAAACGCCGGAAUGACCCGUCUUUCCGCAAGAAACUACGAAAGGAGCAUAAAAAAGCAAACAAGCAUGCUAAGGCAGCUGAUGAGCAAGCCAAGAAGCAGCGCACUGCGGAUUUGAAAGAGGCGCUCGAGAAAAUCAAAGUUGAGACUGUGCCGACAACACCCGAGGAGAGAGAGCAGUACUUUAUGCAGCAUGUCGGUAUCGGCGAGCAGCUAUCUGUUCAAGGUCCUGCUUUCCAUGUUGCAGCAGCCCUAUCCUUCUAUCGCGCUCUUAGGGUGUACCCGUCACCGGUGGAGCUCAUCAUGAUCUACCAAAAGACGGUCCCAGAGCCCGUCUUCAAGAUUGUCAUGGACCUAACAAGCCUGGACGUGAGUAAUACCGUCGCCCCUGCCGAUUUAGGCGUAGACGACGAUGCACCGACGUCGACCCCUCCGGCCACAGGAUCUGGGUCUCCUUCUUCAGCUGGCACACGCCAUGGCGGUCGCAGAGGCGCAAGCGCGAGCGGCGCCAGUGGUGACGAGCGUUCGGAGGCGUCGUCCCAAGACUGGGAGACAGUCACCGAUCCCGAGUCCCAUGGCCAUGCGGCGGCUCCUUCGCAGGCUUGAGCAAGCGCUAGAGCUGGAGGGAAGGCCGGGAAUUUGUGCACUGUGCGGUGACGAACUGCAUCCUACGUGAUCCUCAUCACCCGCAUAUUUUUCUGUUUUGCCCUGUCUGAUAACUGCAAUGUUGAUCUAAUGCAAUAUUCCUAUCCUCGC